CCCGCCCACUUCCCCGCCCUGCGCCCGGGGGCUCGGACGGAGAGUGGAGCCCAGCGGAGCGCCGGCGGCCGCCGCCUCCUGCCAGUCCUCCGUGCUUGCUCUUCCUCCUCCUUCUCCUCCUCGGUGUCCGAGCCACCAUGUCCUCGGCGCCGGGUGCGAGCAGCAGCGGCGACAGCGGCCAGCAGGACGGUCCCGGCGCGCCGGUGCAGUACUACCGGCUGGAGGAGAUCCAGAAGCACAACCACAGCAAGAGCACCUGGCUCCUCCUGCACUACAAGGUCUACGACAUCACCAAGUUCCUGGAGGAGCAUCCUGGCGGGGAAGAAGUUCUACGGGAACAAGCUGGAGGAGAUGCCACAGAAAACUUCGAAGAUGUGGGGCACUCCACAGAUGCCCGAGAAUUGUCAAAGACAUUCAUCAUAGGGGAGCUUCAUCCGGAUGACAGAUGGAAAGUGAAGAAACCAGUGGAAUCCUUCAUUACUCCUGUUGAGAAUAAUUACAGUUGGUGGUCCAGUUGGCUCAUCCCAGCUUUGUCAGCACUCAUCGUGGCCUUGAUGUAUCGCUUCUUCGUGGCCGAAGCAUAAGGCCCCGACCGCAGGAACCGGUGCCCGGAGGGACAGACGGACAAAAUCAAGACGCCAAUAUAACCAUCUUCUUUGCCCGAAUGAAACCCAGGCUCAUUUGAAAGAGAACUUUAACCUGUCAUUCCUAAUGGGUCUCCUUUCCCUUCCCCAUUGGUCCCCAAAAACCAAAAACAGACUUUCCUGCUGCGCACUUAUUCGGUGCCAUUUUUAUUCAACCUCUUUAUAAGUCUCGGAAGGUUGCGUUGAUUCACCCGGUCCGUUCCCUGGGUAAUGAACUAAUCACUGAUCAUUACUGUGCUGCUUUUUGAAUUAGAUGUCUGUUGCGGGCACCAGCUCUUCUUGUGCAUGUUUGUCUUUAUAUCUUCUGAAAUCUUUAUCAGCUUCUGACACCACAUAUUGUUCAGGCCUAACCAGCCUCAGUCUGCAGAUAUUUAGGAAAAAAAAACCUUGAUUUUCUGCAUUUUCAGCUUUACGUGUAACAGCCUCUGAGGAAGGAAAAGAGAAGCCUGCAAAUAUAAUAUAAAUCGUUCGACUAAUUGUUCUUUUUAGAUAAUGGUAGUGGGAGGAAUCGAUGCCCAGAAGGAGAUGUUUUUUGAUUGAUCCUGAAACUGCAAAAGACAAUUGUCACGGUCCAAUAAGACUGUUCUCCAUCCUCUUCUAUAGCAGUUAGCAUUCAGGCACUUUGGAUGUGUUCCUGCUGAGACUUUCUAGUAUUUCAGUGGUCUCUGGGGCUGGGGAGAAGUAGGGGGGCAAUCUGAUCGGAAGAUAAAUGAGAAUCUAACCAAUACCGGUUUGUGUGGUUGACGCUUUGGGCAGUAGAAUGACUUCUUCAGAUUUAAGGUUGGAGAAAGGGGUUGAGGAGUGGGUAUCAUUUUGGAGAGCAAUUCUGCAAGCAUAGAGAGAGACAGAGAGUGAUAUGUCCUUACCGGACUGACUUUGAGGGACAGAAUUUUAAAGGAUUUCAAUUGCUUCCUGUCCUCCUGUGUUCACACCUUUCUCCCUCCCUAAGAGGUUGUUGAUAUUAUUGCAAACACUAAAAGGUAAACUGUGGUGAAUUAACUGGGAUCAUGUAUCUUUUUGGUGACGAAUGGAACAGGCAAGAGCCAGUCAGAACCUCUUACAAGACCUUUUUGGAAAGUUGGAUUAUUGUUUUGUUACUAUGUAGGUGUGGCUUUUAAUAACACUCUGCCGACCUCCUUCUGCUCAGUCUCGUAGGACCUUUAAACUCAAAGGAUUUAAAAUGUAACUGUCCAUUUUUUAUGAUUAAGCAUAGACUGUAGACAGUGCUUGUAUUGAUAAUGGAGAAAGACCCUUUGUUAUAAUUUUGAAUAAACAUUUGCCUGAAAAAAAAA